AUGCCCUCGCCCCUGGCCCUACGCCCCUACCUCCCCAGCGAGUUUUCCCCGUCGGUGGACGCCCGGCCCUGCAGCAGUCCCUCAGAGCUCCCUGCGAAGCUGCUUCUGGGGGCCACUCCUCCUCGGGCCCCGCGGCUGCCGCGCCGGCUGGCUUGGUGCUCCAUUGACUGGGAGCAGGUGUGCUUGCUGCAGAGGCUGGGAGCCGGAGGGUUUGGCUCGGUGUACAAGGCGACUUACCACGGUGUUCCUGUGGCCAUAAAGCAAGUGAACAAGUGCACUAAGAACCGACUAGCAUCUCGGCGGAGUUUCUGGGCUGAGCUCAACGUAGCAAGGCUGCGCCACGAUAACAUCGUGCGCGUGGUGGCUGCCAGCACGCGCACGCCCGCGGGGUCCAACAGCCUAGGGACCAUCAUCAUGGAGUUCGGUGGCAACGUCACUUUACACCAAGUCAUCUACGGCGCCGCCGGCCACCCUGAGGGGGACGCGGGGGAGCCUCACUGCAGCACUGGAGGACCGUUAACUUUGGGAAAGUGUCUCAAGUACUCCCUAGAUGUUGUGAACGGCCUGCUCUUCCUCCAUUCGCAAAGCAUUGUGCACUUGGACCUGAAGCCCGCGAACAUCUUGAUCAGUGAGCAGGACGUCUGUAAAAUUAGUGACUUCGGUUGCUCUGAGAAGUUGGAAGAUCUGCUGUGCUUCCAGACACCCCUUUACCCCCUAGGAGGCACAUACACCCACCGCGCCCCGGAACUCCUGAAAGGAGAGGGAGUGACGCCCAAAGCCGACAUUUAUUCCUUUGCCAUCACUCUCUGGCAAAUGACUACCAAGCAGGCGCCCUAUUCGGGGGAGCGGCAGCACAUACUGUACGCAGUGGUGGCCUACGACCUGCGCCCGUCCCUCUCCGCUGCCUUCUUCCAGGACUCGCUCCCCGGGCAGCGCCUUGGGGACCUCAUCCGGCGCUGCUGGAGACCCAGCGCGGCGCAGAGGCCGAGCGCGCGGCUGCUUUUGGUGGAUCUCACCUCUUUGAAAGCUGAAUUCGGCUGA